AUGGACGAAUAUUGUUCAUUGUAUAAAGAGAUCCAGUCUCUAACUGCUCUCACAUCACUCAUUUUCCAGCGGCCUCCGGAUGGUAUGGACUAUGGCGAGUUCGGUAAAGAGAAAUCACCACCUAAGGAACCCGAGCAGGGGACCGACGAAGAGCUAGAUAAGCUCCCUGACGAAACAGACUUCGAAGACGACGUGACAACCGGUGUUUCAACGACGACUCUUAUUCUCUUGAAACAGCGAUCGUUGGAUCGCCUUGCUGAGGUUUUGGCCAGAUUCAAGACACAAAAGACCGGUCGGCAUGGGAGGGGAAAGAAAAAAGAUGCCCAUCUUGAUGCGAAACAUGUCACGAGUGUGGCUAUGGUGGAGAACAGUACUCUUCAGCGUGUAACAUUCCUUUGCUCGAAGAAUGAGGGCCUGAAGGGCGAGGAUGAAGUGUUCCUAGAAAGGCUAUGCGAGCUACUAACCUCUAUCUUGAAAAAUGGUCAAAGGCAAACCUGUCAAUCGGAGGUGUUUGAUCUCAUAUUUGAGCACAAUACACCUCGAGUUGAAUAUUAUUCUGGGGUAAUUCAAGACGCAUUUAAGCGGGCAUCCGGUCUUAAAGUACCAGAUACGCUCACAGAAGAUACCAUUAAAGAUAUGGUAGAUCAGAAACUCGAGGCAAGGCUGUGGGAGGGUCUCAUUAUCAACAUCGAUGGGAGACAACGUGAAGUUUCGCAGGAACUCCCAGACUGCCUCUCGGACAAAGAUCUGGAUAAAGCGGUGAUAGAGACGUGUGACAGAAUACGGAGUCUUUUUAAGGUGUCUAAUUCUCAUAGUACGCGCAAUGAUGAGUUACGGGACUUCCUCGAGAGCUUUUAUGCCAUCAUUCGAAACCCCAGACAACGGCCAGCCCUGAAGAAUCUCCUUAAGCAAGCGCUACAUGGCAGCGAAAAGCUUUUCACAAAAGCGUGGGAUGCUCUUCUAUUCCUCGCGCGAACUUUCCAUGCUGCAGUGACAUUGGUCGAACUGGCGUCCAAGCUGAAGUUGAAGCUUUUCAAUUCAUUCAGAUUCGUCCCCGUUUCAGCUUGCAUGUUCAAAACCAAGACCUACGCUCCACUGGGGAAAGAUUUACCCCUAAAGGUCUUGGGAGCACUCCCGUGUCAGCCGGAGGGCAAUGGAUGGGUAAAGCUUUUGCAAGACCAAAGGACGAUCAACGAAUAUACAAACAUACUUCGUCUCCCCAGAUCGAUCCAUGCGGAGGUUCAGCUGAUGGGCUACCUUGAGACCUCCUUAUCCAAAAACAAUGACCAGGUUUUUCCAUAUAUUGGAUGCAGUAAAAAGUGCUGCUUCUUCUGUGAAGUAUUUCGGGCGCUUCACGGUAAGUUCUCUGCACGUGGAACGCAUGAAACAGUUUUUCCCAGGUGGGGAUUACCUCAAGGCAUAGCGGUAACUAGCAAGCUAGAGUGGCUAGCUCCACUGAUGGCUAAACUUGCUGUAUUCCUGAGAGCAAUGCUCCGGAGGGUGCUCAGUGAGCCUUAUCCCCUUCCCCACAGAGAGCUAUGUAAGCAAUCAUCGGCAGCAUUAUCCACGGCGCAGGCCGAACAGCAGGGCGAGUCAAUAUAUUCUGAAAGGCCAUCAAUGUUCAGAUUCAAUGAUGGGUGCAGAUUAAAUACCGCGCAGGCUGAAGUAUUCAAACUGUUUGUAACAAUAAGGGGCUCUAUUUGUCAAAUUCCGGACACUAACUCUUCAACGUGGAUCAACUUUGGAUUCUGCUACUGCACCUCCUUCCAACAACGCCAGGAACUCUCUCUCAAAUAUUUGUUGUUGGCCGCGUCCAACGCGAGCUUUGACGACAUAGUCUCCGCAUACGAAACAACCACGAUGGCAGAAUUGAUGACGAAACAUGGAAUCGACCUGUCAGACCUCUCCCAAAAGGGAGUUAGACUCCAAAGACCUUCCGGGAUGGUGUACUCUGUCUUCCGGCUCAUGAUCGGAGUAAGCCAUGCUCUCUCUGGCAGGUUUUGCAGCUGCUUUCGAAUGCAACCCGAUCAACCAUGCCACCACUAUUUCGAGCCACAUUUCGAUUCUGAGUGUGACGUAGCCUAUGGCUUCCACCUAACUAAUAGCUGGGAGAGGUGGCAGCUUCUGAACUUCUACCGGCAUUUGUUCAACUUGCCAGAGUUCGAUCCCAGGGCUAUGGCAGCAGCAAAGGAGAGCCCCGAACGCGGAGCUCUUGAGUGGUAUAUUGACACUUUGGUUCCAGAUAUGAGACCAAGAAUUUUUGAUAUGGAUCGAGCAGGGUCUAUUCUAUUCCCAAAUUUUAAUGCUGGGAUUAGUGUGACUAUUCAAGGUGCGGAGGAAAGUUCUCAUCUCCCUUGUCAUUGUAGGGUGCACGAUGUCUUGGGUCCACCAGGUCUCUGCUAUGGGAAGGGGGAUGAUAUACUGGACAAGGCAUGA